AUGAGCUCCUCCGCGCUUGUCCCCUACCGCGGCGGGCCCAUCACCACGACCGUAACCUCCACAUCGACCUCCUCUCUCAUUCCCUCCCGCUUCUUCACUGCACAAACCGGCCACGCCCUCGCAACUGAGCUUUUCUACCGCCUCCUCUUCGACCUCCUCAACCGCUUGGUUGCCUCCCUCCACCGCUUCGCCUCACAUCAACUCGAUACAUUUUCUUCGUUCCUCGAGCGCAAAGCGCUUGAGCGAAAACAAGCACAAAAAGAAGCGGUAGAGAGGGUGAAGAAGAGGCUGAUGAAGGGUGACGGGAAGGGUAGGAUUACGGAGGAGGUGGGGAAGGCGGCCAUGAAGAGGGGAUUCAUAAGUAGAGAGUGUCCGAUGACGGGGAAGGAGCUUGAGGGAGGGAAGGUCGGGCCACCGGGUUGGGUGGGAAGUGUGUUGACGGGGAUUGAGGAGGGGAGAUUGGUGGAGAGGGACUUUUGGGGGACAUCCGUUUGGCAAUUAGGAAUAUGUAGGAAAUACUAA